CUUCUGCCGCCUGCGUACCUGACCCCCCGCCCGGGUGCCGCUGCGAGGCCGUUCGUGUUUGGGUUCGGUUGAUUUCGGAGGCCGCGGGCGGGAGGGGCCAUGAAGAAGUUCUUCCAGGAAAUCAAAGCGGAUCUGAAGUUCAAGACGGCAGGCCCGGGCCAGAAGCUCAGCGAGUCGCCUAGGGAAAAAUCCAAGGAAAAGCCCAAACCGGACCCUCCCAAAUGUCGCCAAGGGCCCACCAACGAAGCCCAGAUGGCUGCAGCCGCCGCCUUGGCCCGGCUGGAGCAGAAGCCCAAAGCUCGCCCUCUCUCGUCCCAAGAUGCCAUCCGGAAUCAGGUGAAAAAAGAGCUUAUGGCUGAAGCGGCUGCAAGUGAUAAGGGGAUGCCUGUGGAUCAGAAGAAUUCCUUGCCUGAAGUUGAAGAAGAUUCUUCUACACUGUCUGUUUCGGGUGUUUAUUUCACUUGCCCGUUAACUGGCGUCACCGUCCGAAAAGACAAAAGGGAGAUACAGAUCAAAAACGCCAUCCUCGAGCACACUGCCAGAGAUCCAGUGGCUGCAUCCAUCAUGGAGAUCCACACAUUCAACAGGGACCGGGAGAAGGUCAAACUGGGCGUGGAGACCAUUGCAAAGUACCUUGAUAAUAUCCAUCUCCACCCGGAGGAGGAGAAAUACCGAAAAAUUAAGGUGCAGAACAAAGUCUUCCAGGAAAGGAUCCACUGCCUGGAAGGAGCAGACAAAUUUUUCCAGGCUGUUGGAUUUGAAAAGGUUGCCCUGGAUGUCGCAGGACAAGAAGGGGCCGCAGAGGACUUCUAUGUGCUGAAGGACAAGGUCCUGGAGAAGCUGGAGGACCUGAAAGAGUACAAAGAGAAACUGCUGAACGGCGAGCCAGUGAGGGCCAAGCUGGAUCGCCAGCUCCAAAUUUUCAAGCCCUCCCCGCAGGCCUCUCAUUUUGAGCUGCCCAUUGACUUUUUCAGCCUCACUGCAGAGGAGCUGAGACGGGAGCAGAGGACCCGGACAGAAGCUGUUGAGAAGGCCUCCAUGCUGAGGACCAAAGCCAUGCGGGAGAAGGAAGAACAAAGGGAGCUGAGGAGAUACAACUACACGCUCCUGCGCGUUCGCUUCCCUGACGGGUACAUCCUACAAGGAACGUUCUAUGCCCGAGAGCCCGUUUCAGCUCUGUUCCAGUUUGUGCGGGGGACUCUGCAGAAUGAUUGGCUCCCGUUUGAGCUACUGGCCCCUGGGGGCCACAAACUGACUGACGAGAGCUUGGCACUUAAUGAAUGUGGGCUGGUGCCCUCCGCGCUGCUGACAUUCGUCUGGGAUGCUGACGUCAUGGCGGAUAUCAAAGCUUCAGGGGGCGAGCGCAUGGGAAGUGUGCUGAAACCAGAUCUGCUGCCAACCGUGCAGAUGCUGUCCUGAAAAUAAAGGAGCAGUGGGGUUGGAUCCAGUUCCAUCCUGUGUGGUCCCCGACUCCUGCCUGUCAAAUGGAAGCCUUGCUCCGGCUCUUCCUGUACCUCGUCUUGCAGACUAGAGCAAAAGACACUGUUUCCUAACUGGUGUUAGCAGCCUGGCAAGAGGGUAGCUGCAAGGAGAAUAGGUGAGGUGGCUUCCCCAGGCUUUGCACGUGGAGAUCUCAAGCUGAUUUUACAUGUGUUGGAGGACAAGGGAUGUUUUUCCAGCGCAGCUCUGCUCUUAUUUAUAUUUUUUGAAGUUUCAUCUUCAGCCCAAAGAGGUUUUAAUCUUUUUCUAGCUUCUAAGCACAUUUGGGGUAGAAAAAGAUAAACACUGCCUGAGGGAGGAGAGAAGGAGCGUUUACCAAACAAUUCCCAGUUGCGCUGUUUGUCAGCAUUCGGGGCUGCCAGUGUUUCUGGCCAACUAUUGCUUCACAAAGCACUGUCCGUAACAGAUUCUAGGCCUGGAGGAGGUCCUGAAUCAUGCUGGCUUUUAAGUCAUAGAUAAGCUGUUAGCUUUAUUGGAGAAGGAAUGUACAUACACUACUGCAGCCAAUGAGGGGGUCAGUGCUCUUAAGUUGUAAGCUAUUGGAAAGAGUUCUAAACAGUCCAAAGCGAGGAAGAUUAGGAAAUUAGAAGCAUCAAUCCCACAGGGUUUUUUUUUUUUCA